CAAACAUCUGUCAAUACGCAUCCGUCAAAAAACAGACACUAAAUGACAGUUUGACAAGAAUCGGUUUGAUACUUUGAUAAUUUUCGUCACAAUUCUGUAACAAGGGGCCCCCACGUCACCAAAAACCCUUCCAGACCCCCUCCAUGGACAACGAAGCCCGAACAAUAUGGUGCGGCAACCUCGCCGACAAAGUCACCGAAGAACUCCUCUACGAACUGUUCCUCCAGGCAGCCCCCCUCGAAGAAGUCCGAAUCCCCACGGACAAAACCGGCCGCAAAGCCAACUACGGCUUCGUCGUCGUAAAACACGAAGUGUCAGUCGAUUACGUGGUGCAACUCCUCGACGGAACCUGUCUCUACGAAAGACCCAUCACUGUGAAACCCCGCAAAAGCAACCAAAACGCACGAACCACGCCGAAGACUGCGAACAAUUUCAUAAUAAUGACGCCGCUCCCGCAGCUCCCGUUGAAUUUCGGGUCGCCGCCCUACCAACCGAACUUUCACAAUGAAAGACCGUACAGUAAACCGUACCACAGGCAUGACAAUUACUCAGGUAGGCACAACUGGAACAACAAUCACAGGAACAGUCACAGCAACGAGAGGAACAGGAGACGGUAUCACUGACUAUUUUACAUUUAUUUUUGUUAAUCUUAAUUUUUAAUAAAAUGUACGACAUUGAA